CACAAUUUGCAUCCAUAUUUCAAUCUCCUAAUCAAAUUUCACUCUCUUCUCUUCAAAAACGCUGCUAUGGCCGGAGGAAAAUCUAAGAGCAAGGCCUCCAAGAAAAAGACCAACGUCGAAGCAACGUCCUCUGCGCCCCAGCCGUUUCCGUACCUGGACGGAUCCUUCUUGGAGUUCGGGUCGGAAGAGGAACUCUCUUGCUUCAUCACCCACUUCGCCAAGCGCCCCAUCUCUCCGCCAAGAGUGCUGCCCGAGAUAUACCCUCAACAAAAGGGGUACCACGACCUCGACAAUCAACUCAAAGAGUCGGGUCUGUGGUCGUUCGUCUCCAGAAGCCGUCAAUCCUACAAACCCGCCUACGUCCGGGCUUUCUACUCAAAUCUCCGCCGGGACGGGGACACCAUUCGCAGUAGCAUCAAUCUCUACGACAUAGAGAUUGAUUUGGCUACCUUCGCUCGGGUCGCAUGGCUGCCCACCCGCGGUGACGACAUCGCAACAUAUGGCGGCGAUGAUUGGAUCCUCAACAACGAGGCGGUGGUCAUCCGAGAGCAGGGAAUCACCAACCUCGUCCGUCACAUCGGCGCACCAACCAUUCACUCAGCCCCGCCGGAGAAGCGUCUUCUACUCUAUAUCCUCACCCGGAUUCUUCGCCCCCGGGACGGCAGCCACACGUGCCUCUUCAACGAGGAUCUCAAGGCCGUUCAUGCUAUCACCCAUGGCGCCUCAAUCAAUUGGGCAAAAUACUCCGAGUCUAAGCGCGGUGCUGAGGGCUCCGUCGCGGGCUCCGUGCAGGAGAUUGACUCCCGCUCGCCCUCCGUCGAGGAGAUAGUCGAAGCGGUCGAGAUCCCUCUCCAGUCCGAGCCUCGUAAUCAGAGGCGGACCGUUCUCGAGGACUCGGGGAUCCGAGCGCGAAAGUGCACCCUCACUCGGGAGGAGUUCUGCAAAGCGAAGCGCCUAGCCUCGGCGCCGGGUGUUACCGUGCAACGUCCUACCGCCGAACAGUCAGUCUUUGACGCCCCACCGGGUUCUUUCGCCAUCCACCUCAAAUCCCUCGAGUAUGGGUUCCGCUUCCCCCUCCACCAGCUAGUUAUAGAUUUCUUCCUCCACUUUGAUUUUCUCCCUUGCCAAGUCGUGCCCAAAUCCCACCGCUAUUUGGCGGGAUUUCUCAUUCGUUGCCAAGGGACCGGGGUUCGCCUCGAUCUGGCCCGUUUCUUGCUUCUCUUCCGGUUGGCGAAGUCGUCCGGUCAGGCGAACUCCGACUCGGGCUCAUAUGCCUCCAUAUUCCAAAGACAGGAGAAGCUCUUCAAGACGAGAAAGGACUCCGCCAAGAGUUGGAAGGGGAAAUUCGUCUUCGUUUCUCUUUCCUCGGGCUCCCCCUUUCGUAAGGAACCCCUCAGCUCCUUCCGACGUCGUUCCGCCUUCAUCAACUCGGACAAGAUGCUCGAGGAUGUAGAGACGCUCUGCCGAGGGGGGCCCUUCGAGGUCGGAUCGAUAGUGACGAACGACGCGUUAGCGGCACUCGGAUUCGUCUUCCUAUCCCCGCAGGAAACUCAGCGGAGCAUCGAAGAAGGCCCCUCAGGUGAAAUCAUGCUUUCCCGUGCCGAGCGAAUGAAGCUCAUGUUCCCCGAUGCCGCAAGCGGCAGCUCCCGGGCUCCCACCGUGGCCGGUCGUCCUCCGACCCCGCCGGUGAAGCCGACCCCCGAAGCGGCCCAGAAGAAGAAGAGAAAGGAUACGGCCUCGGCCACCGACACUCCCCCGGGCAUGACCCCCCCGACCGACCGCGCCAAGAUCAAGGACGCCGACCGGGAAGCUCUUGCCUCGGACAUGUUUCACGAGAUGGGCUCGGCGAUGAUGCGCAUGGUUGACAUGGCCCAGCGGCUGCGCCUCAGUGAGGCUGACCGGAGCAGAGCUUAUGUUGAGAUAGCUGACCUCAACGAGGCGCUAAAGGUGGCCAAGGAGCAAGCUCGUCAGGCCGAGGAGCGGGCUCAGCGGGCCGAGGAGCAGGCUCAGCAGGUCGCGGAGGAGGCGGCUCGGCAGGCGCGCCAGGAAGUUCGCGAGCAUGCCGUGGCCGAGUUCCUAUCCUCGGGGGCGUUCCAGGAUGAGGCCUUCGCCCGCAUGAAUGACCUGCUCAAGGCGUGGGGGCAGACUGAGGAGGGGAAGGCCUUUGCUCGUUCCGAGGGGACCCAGUGGUACAACCUCGGCCUGUUCCUAGCGCAGCAGGUCCUCUCGGACAGGUUCCUCAAUGGGGUGGACCUCCCCGAACCGUGCGACAAUCCUGAUGAGUUCGACGCUUCCAUCUAUUACCCAAAUGGCGGGGACACGGCUGCCGAGCAGGCGAAUGUCAAUUGAUAGAAAUUUUAAACUUUGUUGUAUUUGAUGUAAUGUUGCUCAGUACUUUUGUGUUUUUGAACUUGGAUUCUACUUAUAU